CAUUAGCAUGGUUUACCGGGAUAAACAGCAACAUUUGGCAUUUGAUACGAAAAAAAGUAACUUUUUGUUGCGACUCCUUUUCUCUGUUUUAUUGAAUUAAAAGAUAAGAAAAACUGUGAAAUUUGAAUUUGCGGCAUCAAGAUGCCUUUCUAUGGAGUUUACAUAUCGUCCAACACAGACGAGGAUGAUCGUGAAGUUAAAAGACAUGUGUACACGGACAAGUUGCAGGCUCUGAAGAUGCUAAAGUCCCAUCCAAAUGCCAGGAUGAAGAUGUUCGAUAGCAGUGAAGAUGCUGAGCAUUGGAGUUUACAUGGAUUCACUUCAACUGCUCAAGUGGACACCUCACUGAUCAAAUCUCCAGACGUUCCGACUCCGGUAGCAUCACCAGCGGCCCCGAAGAAGCUGUACAAGGAGCCAAAGAUUGAGGACAUGGUGGAGUUCAGGAAGUACAUUGAACGCGGCGAUCUCGAGACAGUUAGCAGAAAAAUCAUGGAAAAUCCACAUUUUUUGGUCGGUUCAGGGGAUACUCCGUCAAUUCUCAAGCAGGGCUACCGCUACAAUCCCCUCCAUGUGGCUGCUCUGGCCAAGAAUGCGCCCAUUUGUGAAUUCAUUCUCACGACAAUCUCCAAGGCCAGCUACAUCGAAAUGCUGCAUGGCAGCAAUGAUGAGCAGAUGUGCCAGGAAGUCAGCAAUAUCUUGGUGGAUUUGUACCUGAACACUCCAGAGACCGGUCGCAAUGAGACUCCGAUCCAUCUGGCUGUGAAAUAUGGGGCUGUGGAUGUGGUCAAGGUCCUGACGUCUUAUCCUCAGUGCAAGAUGGUACCAAAUCGCGAGGGACACUAUCCCCAGGAUAUCAUCUGCUUCCGCAUGUCCAAACCCUCGGAGGAGAUUGUCAAGGAGAUCAGUGGAUUGCUGCAGGAGCGUUACUAUGUCCCAGUCAUUCGAUCUGUGGACAAUUCCCUGCCGCCACUCAUUGGGGAACCGUUCUCGCCCAAAAAGAUGCCUGAUCUGCAUCCGGAUCCUCUCAGUCCUGAAUUGACAAUUCACGCCUACGCCGGACCAAUGAACAUCGAUCAGGCUCAAGAAUUCCGGAAGCGCUGGAAGACACCGCCACGGAUCAAUGUACACAGGACAAGUCCUUCCCCGAGCUCUUCCAGUCUUCACUCCCGUUCCCUGACCAAUUCCGUGCACGUGUCCACGCCAAUUCCCAACAGAAGGGGCGACAAUAACAACCACGAGCCCGAUGAUGAGAAUUCCAACGUCUGCAUCAAGCCAAUUCCUGCCAUUUUUGGACUCACGAGAUCCCUCAGUGCCAACACUCCCAUCUCCAAGAGGCUCUUCGGGACGUACCGUGAUACCGGGGACGAGGAUGAAUCUCCCAAUGUUUCAGCGAUCUCUUUUGCGGACGAAACGCCUGAUGUUCAUGCGAUAGAGCGUCAUGUAAAGUUGACGGAUACGGAAAAGGGACUGGAAGUUGUUGGUCGGAGUCUGGCUCAUGACCAACAAGUGGGUUGGAAUGAGUAUUGGAGCUUCCUGGAUGAUUUUGUGGAUCUCAGUUCGCCGCGUGGUUUGAAUUUGCUGGAGAACCAUCUGAAGGCAUCAGAAUCCUUCACUGUAACUGAUUUGUGCUCAGCUCUCAAUAAGAUCACAAUUAAUCGCAAUGAUGGGCCUCUCCGGAGGGGUGAUGCAUCUCCCAGGCAUUCCCAGACAGAACAUCCACAUUUUGUCUAUGAUUGCCUGGAGAAAUCGUGGCAGGUGUUUGCACGACGUGUGACCAAGACCAUCAUUCGCAGCAGUGACAAUGUCGUGGCGAUCCAUGAUGUUCUCAGUGCGGAAAUGAAGAGGCUUCAGUCACUGGUGCACAGCUACAAGGAUGAUCCGCGCUUCAAUCGCAUCAAUUAUGCUGUAGUACAUUCGCGUUUUGCUAGUCUCAUUGUUCACUAUGUCCUGGUGGAUUGUACUGAUGCUGAGGACAAGGUGAAUCUCCUGGGGACGUGCCUGGAGCUGAUACUGAAACAAAGGGCACGGACAACUUUCGAUGAAGCGGAUUUUCAAGAUGUGGAAAAUACGAAUUUAGUCACUUCCAGUCAAUUAAAGUGCCUCAUCACGUUCAUUCUGUAUUGGUUGGAGCAUCGGGAGGAUAUCGUGACGCCGGACAUGUUGACAACGUCCAAGGAUUGUGAAGAAGUCUGGUGUACAGAUUUCCAUUGCGACUGCAUGUCAUUUCCUGCAAUCAACAGCAACAGUCGCCAUGGAAAAGUUCGCAACAAACGCGUGGAUAUUGGCAAUUUGACUAAAAGGCUCUUUGAUUCCUGCUCUUCCUUGAAUUCUUCAUCCGAUGAUACAUCUACAAAAGCAAUAAAUAGUUCAUUGCGCAAUUCGUCUGUGAUUGUCAUUGAUGAUGAUGAGUUAAGGGAGUGUGAGGAUAUCAAUGAUAAUGUAAAAGAGGUGGAAAAUGAUGAUGAGAAGAGAGGAGAUGUAUUUUGGUCGGGACAUGCAUCGUCUGAUGACGAAGAUGACAGUGAUGAGGAAUUUUUCACACCGCCACAGAGUCCUCUUCCGGUGGACGAAGAAGAGGAUUUGCACAAUUAUUCCAACUACAUCCUCGGCGAUGAACCAACAAAGACGGAUGUGGAUGCCUUCAAUGCAAUUGUCGAUGUACAAAUCAACAAGGAGACUCAUCCUCAUGUCUUCAAGUGGAAAAAUGCAAUCAUGAAACAUUCGCCGGACGAGAGAAAAAGUUUCCCAUCACCGUCUGUGGUGGUGAAGAAAAGCGUGAAGCUUUACGAUACAACUCCCGUGAGUAGUCGCAGGUUGUUCUCAUCGCCAAAAAAGACACAUUAAUAUUGAAAGACUGUUGUGCAUUGGUAAUUUUCUACUGGCCCAAUCUCACAAACACAUUAUUCUCCUAAUUUGUCCCAAUCAAUGUUAUUAAUAUUAUUUGAAAAUUUAUUUACUUACAAUUUACGAAACUAAUUUAACAAAGAAUAAUCUUCAGUUUAAAUUUCAUCUGAUGAAGAUGUGCAUUUGAAUUCGGUGUCCAUUCAAUUUAAGUCAUCAGAGAAUCAAUAUAAAAAACGAUCAUUCUUCUUAAAAAAGUCGAAGCAUAUCGAUGCAAAGUCAAUUAAAAAGAUUCCCCAGUUUAAGAAUAAAUUUUUGUUUUUGAAGAGUAUUAGGCUGAGAAUAAUCCAAAAAAAAGAUAUAUUAUUUUGAUUUUUUUUGUAAUGGCACCAAAUAUUGCACUUCUCUUUUUUUUUAGUUCAAUUAAAUUGAUUGAUAUUGAGUGAAGUCCAUUUUGAAAGGAAGAAAAGAAAAGAAAAUCACUUCGUUGUUCGAGCACGCAUUUAAUAUUUUUUUUGUGAAUGACUGACAAAUACAAUAGAUUAAAUCUAAUUAAAUUAAUGACAUUGAAUUUUUUUAUAAGAGUGUUUUUGUACAUAAUUUGGAAUAAUAAAAGAUACUCAUAGGAAAAAAA